CCCACAUAACUGCGUGACAAAAAUUAAAGGGAAUAUGGAAUCCUAAAGCAGCAAAUGCCAGCGAUUACCCUUCUUUGUUCUGGCAGAUUUGAAUACGAAAUCAUCUGACUGUGUCAGACACGUAACGUAUCAAGAGUAUCAUCAUUCAUCGAGGUAAGCAUGAAGAGUAACGCGCCUUCUCCACGAUUUCUUCAUGAAUUUGAUACGGUAGACACUCUGGCGAUGAGAAACAUUGCAGAGAAACGAAAACUUCAACGACAAAUCGGAGAGCUUGAUAAACAAUUACACAGCAAUUUGGUGCGAUUAGAUUCCGAAAUUUUGUCCAUUCGCUUAGAGAAUUGUGAAGGCCCCUCUCAGGGAAAGGUAAAACCUGUGGUCGGUAAAGACAGCGUUGGUAAUGGUAAAGCCAGGACAAACAACAAUACUUUAGAUGAAGCCAGAGUCAGUUCCCAAAAGACGGAGUCAAACCUCGUUUGUCUUAAUGACCAGCACAGCACGUUACCGAAGAUCAUAACUUCAUCUUAUUUGAAAACAAAACAGGAAGAUUAUCGCGGCGAAGACCAGCUUAGUGGAGUGGAAUUAUCAAACGAAAGUUACUCUCUGCCUUUGGAAACAAUUUCGGAACUUGAACAGAAACAAAUGCAGGCAAAAAAGCGAAUAUUAAUGUCGCUUCAACGCCCAAAAUUGAAACUAGAAACUACAAAGAAAAGUCGACCCCCGACUCCACAGGCUACAAAUCAGUUCUUAUCGCCUUUUACACCGCUCGACAGACAGCGCAGAGCAAGUUCCACAGGUUUGUUAUCUCCUCUGCCUGAUGAAUAUAAUACUAAAGACAGACUGACUCGGGCAUUGAGCGCCCCCGAUGUAAGCGAGUCUCUAAGUCAACACGAACUGGGACGCUUGCAAAAUCUUCACGCAAGAAGGAAACAAAACCAAAUCCAACGGGGAGGAGAAAAUGGAUCCGAAAUGGCUGGGAAUAAUAUGAAAAUUUCUUUUACUGCUGAAAACGAUGGGCCUAAGUCUGAAAGAAAAGGAAGAAUUCGGCGUUUGGAUCCGGUGAAAGGCACUCUAGAUCCGAGGACGAAGAAGAGAGAUUUUGAUGAUGUUAUACAGAGACGUUUAGAUUUACUACAGGAUAAUUUUCCGAGUAAAGAUGAUUUGGAAAAGAUUCGAUACUUAAGAUUCAACCAGGAUAUGGAUGAGGAGAUUGAUGUUGAUGAUCUUUUUGCUGGCUUACCUCAGGAUAAAAAAGGUUGAUCACUAGCGUACUGUAUCAGGCAUGCUCGUUUGUUGGAGUUGAUCACCACGGUGUGAACGACGAACAAAACAAAACCAUCACGCCUAUAUGCCCUCGACAUAUUUGCACGCGUUUGCGUGCAUCUGUAUACCUGCGAACUCGUCCACUUCUAGGGAGAAAGCACCCUCCGAAAGUUAAAGUGUAAAUAUACGUCAUUAUUGAUAAAUAUAAAAUGUCAACUUGGUAUUCUUUAUUCAAAUUUAUUUGUAAUCAUUGAUUGUUUGUACAAAGUUAUGCACUUUGAAA